AUUGCGCUCAUCCGUUUCGAUAUUAAUCGAUGGUUUAACGAAACGCUUGUAUAAUAUUGUUAAAUAAUUAACGAGACGUCGUUUGAAAAUUCGAUGAGCCGUAUCUUUCCUGGCGAAUUAACGGAGCCGAUUCGAAAUACGUUGUAUACGUAGGUGCGGUAGUGAGUGGAGGUGGCGUUCAUUGUUGGGACCACGGAGUUUGGCGGGCAACGAAGCGACGAUUGGUCGGUCUUCGGUCUUCCCUCCCGUAGUCAAUGGUCGCCGCAGUCGUUCGGCUGAGUAUCGGUUCGAGUUUUCCCAGGAAAACGGUACUUUCCACGGUUCCAUUGUACUCGACGCGUCGACGAAGUUCAGCGGAAGGCGAAUACAUCGUGCGUUUCCAUCGUGCACCGGAGAGAUUUCUAAAAAAUGAGUUCGAGCGCGUGUUACAAAUGUAACCGAAUGGGCCACUACGCACGGGAAUGUCCACAAGGUGGUGGAGGCGGCGGCAGAGCCGACCGUGGCCGCGACCGAGAAGGUGGUUUCGCUCGUGGCCGUGAUAAAUGCUACAAGUGCAACCAAUUCGGACACUUCGCACGGGAGUGUAAAGAAGAUCAAGAUCUCUGCUAUCGGUGCCAAGGCGUUGGACACAUCGCGAAAGACUGCCAACAGGGGCCCGAGUUGAGCUGUUACAACUGCAACAAGACUGGCCAUAUGGCGCGUAGCUGCCCCGAGGGUGGCAACGACUCGGCGCGCUACGGCAUGCAGAGCUGCUACAACUGCAACAAGACAGGUCACUUUGCCCGGAAUUGCACCGAGGUUGGUGGAAAGGCGUGCUACACUUGUGGCAAGACUGGUCACUUAAGCCGUGAAUGCGAUCAGGACGACAGAAAGUAGGAGAUAACCGGAAUCCGUGCCGCUCGCUUAACGAUAAGCCGUUUACCGUCGCGCGCGCUACCACCGGGGAUUGUAGCUAGGUAGGGAUGUGCGAACGUAUGUCUCGUUGAUGCGUGUAACUGCUAACAAAAAUGCGUUUCUCUCAUAGCCGUUCGAAUUCCCAUCUCUCCAUGCCCCAAUUCUCCCGGGAAGCCCAUUUUAUUCCUAGUUUCUCCCUGCCCCUCUACAUGUCGUUGUUCUCUUCGCAAAGGUUUUUUCUUAUCACGUCUUUGUUUAUCUUUCUUUUCUCUCUUUUUUUUUUAAUUGCUGUUACACUACACCAUACAUGCGCGCGCGCGCACAAAAUGAAACAUUUACACAUAGAACACAUCCAGCAUUACAUGAAUACACACUUAUACGAUGUAAUAAUAUUAUAAACAUUCGAUUGAAUUAGAGUAGAGACAUGAAUCCUCUGCCCCCCGAUCUUCAACCUAUCUCGUACGCGCAUUGUUUUCUGAUGCAAGAUGUAUGGACUCCUAAUAACGUACUUCUGCGAGCAAAAAAUUUUACACGGGCGCAGCAGCAGCAGCAGCAUUUAUUGUACUGUCAGCCCCCUCCCCCCCCAAACCGGCGGGAUUUCAUUUAUCUGUUAAUAAUUCAUAUUGAAAUGAAUAUUGUCACUCUAAUCGACUAUAAGUGGACAUAGUUUGUUCGAAACAAGAGAGGGAUACGAUGGCACUGUUUCUUUCUGACAUCCACGCAUCUUGUAUCCGGUCCUCCCUCUCGAACUCUCUAGCGACUCGAGUUCAAGGAGCCAAGGAAAUAGAAGAAAAAAAAAAGCGAAUUCAGAAGUAACGGAAAAUGGAAGUUGACAUGCCGGCCCUGAAUACAUAUAAGCAAGAUUUAGUAACGCCAAUUCUUAAUGUGUAAGGAUGUAAUGAGGAUCGCCGGACCAUCCAUUCGUUUUAUAUAAACACCGGUUCAGUUUCCCAGAUCGGACGAAAAAAGAUGAAGACGGAUAAUUGUAGGAUUGUCGGUGUUUACAGGUUUAUAUACAGUUAUAUACUUGCAAUAUCCCUGGCCGUAACACCGUUUCUCCAACGCGAAAUUUAACACAGUUGUACAUGACCCGAGUCGUCACACACGACGUAUAUAUGUAUAUAUACAUCUAAACACAGAGAUCUAUACAGCAUGUUUUUUCUACGUACAAUCGUGAUUGUUAUACCGACGGUGACCAUUGUUCAUAUUAUCAGUGAUUGUUAACGGGUUUUUAAAUAAUGCAGUCGCGCCCCGCCUUGCUAUAUCCUUACAUAUGGCGAAACGUCUCGUUACUAGGUACAUGUAUAUGUAUAUAUACGCGUUUAUGUGUAUACAUGUAUACAUACGUAUGUGCAGGAGCUGUAUUUUGUACUGUAAAAAGCUAGAUAUACUCUGGUCGUUGCUGGUGACUAAUUCCAAUGAUUAUCUUAUUUAUACAUCACAGGCGAAUGGGAAAAAGAAAAUUGUAUUUUCACCGUAUCGCGCACCGUUCUUAUGGAUCGUAGAAUGAAAUUUUUAGACACAACUUACCUAGUUCACUCGUCUUGCUCGUUUACCAAGAAUGCCCGGAAAUCAUGAGGCGGUGUGUAGAUAUGACGCGCCGCAGAUUCGAAAGCAUCCCCUUUUCAAAGCGCGAUACUAGGAGACUCUUAUGUUAUCGCGAGUACGAAGAUACGCAAGGUUUUUCUAAAAAAAAAAGACAGAAUUGAAAAAAACUUGAAAAAAAUAAGAUGAAACGACUUGUCUGACAGGCGAAAAGCAGAUCGUGCUAAUUGUUGGUAGUAUAUAAAUUGAAACCCUGAUACUUUGAUUGAUAUUCGUUCCACCGAACGAACGAUACGACACUUAAUCGUUAGGAGGAGAUCGUAUCUCCUCUAGAAUAGAUUCGAUGUGAACGCUCGGUGCAAGCGUCGCGGAUUCUCCGAGGAGUUCGUCUCUUGGAAAAAUCGGCUCGUACAGACGACGAGUCGGACGCGUGCACCUGUGCGUGUACAGGACCGAUACUUUAUUACCAGCAGCGACAACGUGUAUUAAUGUUCAGAAGAAGCCAGGCGUGCCUGACUCGGUGGAACUGAAGGGACUGUGUAUCGCGUAGUAGAGGCGUCCUGCAACAAUUUUAUACACUUAACUGUUCGGGACUUAAACCGAUCUCAUCCAUUGAUUUUGGUAGUAGUUUAAUCAGAACGCUAGUGCGUCUGACGAGAUUUGGAGGAUCAAAAGGAAAAACUAAAUAAAGUAAAAGUAAUCGUAUCUCGCUGAUGGUGGACCGCAAAACCUUUGGUGCUCUCAUUGGAUGCGUUAACAAGUCACGACCGAGUAGAAAGCCAUGGAAGAAAAAUACUUUUGUUAUUUUUGUUACCGCGACCGAUAAGUUAUACAAAUUGCAUAGAUAUCGUGUAAGGAAUAAGGAAAAAAAGAAAAAGAAGACGAAAAAGCUACCGACGCCUUGCUGUGUGGGGCGUCGGUAGUACGAAAAAUCAUGUGUACUUUGAAGACGAUUUGGGAGUGGGGUUCACUGGUGGCACCGGAGGUUCAGACGAAGCAUUAAAAAUAUUAAUAAUAAUAAUAAAAAAGUAAAAAAAAAAAAAAUAAGUGCGAUAGAGCACCUGCGCUUUUGUCUCUGCUACAAGACUUACGUACGAAUAUUGUAAAGAAUACGACUGUUACAGUGUACGAACUAAUUUGAUCGGUGUACGACCGGUCGCGGCUCGACUUAUAUUAAUCUAAUAAUACUUAAAGGAAGAUGACGAGGAAGAGGGUGGAAAGGAGGUAAAAAUGAAAGAUGAAAAUAAGCUGCGGAGUAUUUGAAGUUAUGUUUUUAAAACUGAAUUUUUGAAAUAGAAUGUGUACGGAGAGGCAAAGACCGAGACCUUGUUUUUUCUUUUUUCUCCCCAUAUAAUAAUCGCUUGCCAGGUGAUUCCGCUCGACUAUUUAUUUUGAGAUCCACGAUUCGAAAAACUGUACGGACCCCGUUUCAUGUACUAAUUAUGUUUCGAUUGGAAGCGGAGCUCGAUUAUUAUUAAUAAAAUAUAAAUGUAUAA